AUGGCGGCACCAAAGCUGGAAUCUUUCAGGCGGGGCAGCAUGUUUGACGUAUCUUUCAGGCGGAGUAGCAUGUUCGAUGGUUCGUUUAGACAAAGCUUAAGAGAUAGGCUUAUGCCACAACACACAAGAGACUAUUCCUAUAUCGCUGACAACAGAACUCCCGUCCGUUGCUGCUCCUACAGGUACUUCUCCGACAAGAUCACUGGGUUUGUGAAGAAAACACAGGAUGUUUUGGUUACAGCGUGGGAGAUGGGAACAUCGGACCCGAGGAAGAUAAUAUUCUCAGCGAAGAUGGGUUUGGCUCUGACACUCGUCUCCAUUCUCAUCUUCUUUAAGCUCCCAGGAUCAGAGCUCAGCAACCACUAUCUCUGGGCAAUUCUCACAAUAGUUGUUGUCUUCGAGUUCAGUAUAGGAGCCACCUUUAGCAAAGGGUUGAACCGGGGACUAGGAACGUUAUCUGCAGGAGGAUUGGCGCUUGGCAUGGCUAAAAUAUCCGAAAUGACUGGAAAUUGGGCAGAGCUUUUCAAUUCUGUUAGCAUCUUCGUAGUAGCCUUUUUGGGGACUUAUGCAAAGCUAUACCCAACGAUGAAGCCGUAUGAGUACGGAUUCAGGGUGUUCUUGCUGACCUAUUGCUACGUGAUAGUGUCCGGAUACAGAACAGGGGAAUUCAUGGAAACAGCUGUUUCAAGGUUCCUUAUGAUAGCACUUGGUGCCUGCGUUGGCCUCCUUGUGAACACUUGCAUUUAUCCCAUAUGGGCUGGUGAUGAUCUCCAUAACUUGGUCGCCAAGAACUUUGUGAAUGUUGCGACUUCUUUGGAAGGUUGCGUGAAAGGAUAUCUUGACUGCGUAGCAUAUGAUACGAUCCCAUCGAGGAUUCUGGUCUAUGAAGCUGUCACGGACGAUCCAGUGUACAGUGGUUACAGAUCAGCCGUUCAAUCUACAAGCCAAGAAGACACUCUGAUGGGGUUUGCGUCAUGGGAGCCACCACACGGUCCGUACAAAUCCUUUAGAUAUCCAUGGAGGAUGUAUGUGAAAGUAGGUGGUGCAUUGAGGCAUUGUGCUUUUAUGGUCAUGGCAUUACAUGGCUGCAUUCUCUCUGAGAUUCAGGCUGCAGAGGAUAAAAGACAAGUCUUUCGUAAUGAGCUUCAAAGGGUCGGAGUCGAAGGAGCAAAAGUUCUGAGAUUCAUUGGGGAAAAGCUGAAGAAGAUGGAGAGAAUAAACCCUCUAGAAGACAUUCUCCACGAGAUUCACCAAGCAGCCGAGGAACUUCAGAGCAAAAUCGACAAGAAAUCGUACCUUCUCGUGAACGCCGAGAACUGGGAAAUCGGGAAUCGGUCUACGGAUCUGACCGAUGAACUCAAAAUCUCGAAUCUCGACGAGGAUCUAAGUCGGAUCCUGGCUCAUAAAUCCCAGAGUGAAGCCACACUUCGUCCGCCCAAGAACUGGGAUGCUGUAACUACUGCUAAGAACCCGAACUCGGCGACAGCCCACAACCAACAAUCAAGGACGGUGAUACAGAAACAGCCUUCGUGGCCUAGCCGGGUCUCUCUGACGCCGGGAAGUAUGUUACAACCACGCGACGAUGAGGCGACGAGGAUGCUCGAGAGCGCGAGUGCUCUGUCUCUAGCUACGUUCGCCUCGCUACUGAUAGAAUUCGUCGCGAGGCUGGAUAAUCUCGUGAAUGCGUACGAUGACCUGUGCGAAAAAGCGAAUUUCAAAGAGGCUACUGCCUGA